AUGUGCAAGCACAUUCCCAACGCCCAGGUUUCCUUCCAGACGCCAUGUUGCAAUCGAUGGUUCGAUUGUGGUGAAUGUCACUUCGAGUUGAGCGAUCACCGACAACAACCGGCCGCAGAAAUGGCUUUCGUUUGCAAGCAAUGCCGCAACCCUUUUCGGAAAGACUUGACAGCUUUCGAUGAAGAAGACGAAAGCUGUCCACAUUGCGGGAAUGGACUCGUUCAGCCAGUUGCCGAUUUACGAGCAGCAACUCCAGCUGAAGCGAAUCACCGCAACGAGUUGGUCGUAGAGAGAGCGAUGCCAUAG